GCAGCAUCAGAGAGAAGAUCAUUCACUGCGUCCUCGUCAUGUUGAAGCGAUAAACUUGUUAACUCCGCAGUUGUUAUCGCAAAAUGUUAUACUGCACCCUUGCAACCCAGAUAGUAGCACUUAUUACACAAUUGCAUGCAAACCUAAAAGUGAAGGAAAAGCAGAGCCUGUUUUUUCUGAGAGUCAUAACGAAGAUCCGCGAACAGGAGCUGGUUCGUGCGGGUGUCCAAACGGCUUUCGGUCACGGUUGUUUUAAGAAAGUCUAUGCGUUUUGCAGUCAGCAGGACAAGAAGAGUAAAUGGAAGAUAUGUGCUAACACAAGGUUUUCAUUUUCAACCCCCCGCAUCUUCUUGUCCUAUUGGCGGGGGGGGGGGGGGGGGGGGGGGGGGGUGGGGGGGGGGGGGGGGGGGGGGGGGGGGGGGGGGGGGGGGUGGGGGGGGGGGGGGGGGGGGGGGGGGGGGGGGGGGGGGGGGGGGGGGGGGGGGGGGGGGGGGGUGGGGGGGGGGGGGGGGGGGGGGGGGGGGGGGGGGGGGGGGGGGGAGGGGGGGGGGGGGGGGGGGGGGGGGGGGGGGGGGGGGGGGGGGGGGGGGGGGGGGGGGGGGGGGUGGGGGGGGGGGGGGUGGGGGGGGGGGGGGGGGGGGGGGGGGGGGGGGGGGGGGGGGGGGGGGGGGGGGGGGGGGGGGGGGGGGGGGGGGGGGGGGGGGGGGGGGGGGGGGGGGGGGGGGGGGGGGGGUGGGGGGGGGGGGGGGGGGGGGGGGGGGGGGGGGGGGGGGGGGGGGGGGGGGGGUGGGGGGGGGGGUGGGGGGGGGGGGGGGGGGGGGGGGGGGGGGGGGGGGGGGGGGGGGGGGGGGGGGGGGGGGGGGGGGGGGGGGGGGGGGGGGGGGGGGAGGGGGGGGGGGGGGGGGGGGGGGGGGGGGGGGGGGGGGGGGGGGGGGGGGGGGGUGGGGGGGGGGGGGGGGGGGGGCGGGGGGGGGGGGGGGGGGGGGGGGGGGGGGGGGGGGGGGGGGGGGGGGGUGGGGGGGGGGGGGGGGGGGGGGGGGGGGGGGGGGGGGGGGGGGGGGGGGGGGGGGGGGGGGGGGGGGGGGGGGGGGGGGUGGGGGGGGGGGGGGGGGGGGGGGUGGGGGGGGGGGGGGGGGGGGGGGGGGGGGGGGGGGGGGGGGGGGGGGGGGGGGGGGGGGGGGGGGGGGGGGGGGGGGGGUGGGGGGGGGGGGGGGGGGGGGGGGGGGGGGGGGGGGGGGGGGGGGGGGGGGGGGGGGGGGGGGGGGGGGGGGGGGGUGGGGGGGGGGGGGGGGGGGGGGGGGGGGGGGGGGGGGGGGGAGGGGGGGGGGGGGGGGGGGGGGGGGGGGGGGGGGGGGGGGGGGGGGGGGGGGGGGGGUGGGGGGGGGGGGGAGGGGGGGGGGGGGGGGGGGGGGGGGGGGGGGGGGGGGGGGGGGGGGGGGGGGGGGGGGGGGGGGGGGGGGGGGGGGGGGGGGGUGGGGGGGGGGGGGGGGGGGGGGGGGGGGGGGGGGGGGGGGGGGGGGGGGGGGGGGGGGGGGGGGGGGGGGGGGGUGGGGGGGGGGGGGGGGGGGGGGGGGGGGGGGGGGGGGGGGGGGGGGGGGGGGGGGGGGGGGGGGGGGGGGGGGGGGGGGGGGGGGGGGGUGGGGGGGGGGGGGGGGGGGGGGGGGGGGGGGGGGGGGGGGGGGGGGGGGGGGGGGGGGGGGGGGGGGGGGGGGGGGGGGGGGGGGGGGGGUGGGGGGGGGGGGGGGGGGGGGGGGGGGGGGGGGGGGGGGGGGGGGGGGGGGGGGGGGGGGGGGGGGGGGGGGGGGGGGGGGGGGGGGGGUGGGGGGGGGGGGGGGGGGGGGGGGGGGGGGGGGGGGGGGGGGGGGGGGGGGGGGGGGGGGGGGGGGGGGGGGGGGGGGGGGGGGGUGGGGGGGGGGGGGGGGGGGGGGGGGGGGGGGGGGGGGGGGGGGGGGGGGGGGGGGGGGGGGGGGGGGGGGGGGGGGGGGGGGGGGGGGGGGGGGGGGGGGGGGGGGGGGGGGGGGGGGGGGGGGGGGGGGGGGGGGGGGGGGGGGGGGGGGGGGGGGGGGGGGGGGGGGGGGGGGGGGGGGGGGGGGGGGGGGGGGGGGGGGGGGGGGGGGGGGGGGGGGGGGGGGGGGGGGGGGGGGGGGGGGGGGGGGGGGGGGGGGGGGGGGGGGGGGGGGGGGGGGGGGGGGGGGGGGGGGGGGGGGGGGGGGGGGGGGGGGGGGGGGGGGGGGGGGGGGGGGGGGGGGGGGGGGGGGGGGGGGGGGGGGGGGGGGGGGGGGGGGGGGGGGGGGGGGGGGGGGGGGGGGGGGGGGGGGGGGGGGGGGGGGGGGGGGGGGGGGGGGGGGGGGGGGGGGGGGGGGGGGGGGGGGGGGGGGGGGGGGGGGGGGGGGGGGGGGGGGGGGGGGUGGGGGGGGGGGGGGGGGGGGGGGGGGGGGGGGGGGGGGGGGGGGGGGGGGGGGGGGGGGGGGGGGGGGGGGGGGGGGGGGGGGGGGGGGGGGGGGGUGGGGGGGGGGGGGGGGGGGGGGGGGGGGGGGGGGGGGGGGGGGGGGGGGGGGGGGGGGGGGGGGGGGGGGGGGGGGGGGGGGGGGGGGGGGGGGGGGGGGGGGGGGGGGGGGGGGGGGGGGGGGGGGGGGUGGGGGGGGGGGGGGGGGGGGGGGGGGGGGGGGGGGGGGGGGGGGGGGGGGGGGGGGGGGGGGGGGGGGGGGGGGGGGGGGGGGGGGGGGGGGGGGGGGGGGGGGGGGGGGGGGGGGGGGGGGGGGGGGGGGGGGGGGGGGGGGGGGGGGGGGGGGGGGGGGGGGGGGGGGGGGGGGGGGGGGGGGGGGGGGGGGGGGGGGGGGGGGGGGGGGGGGGGGGGGGGGGGGGGGGGGGGGGGGGGGGGGGGGGGGGGGGGGGGGGGGGGGGGGGGGGGGGGGGGGGGGGGGGGGGGGGGGGGGGGGGGGGGGGGGGGGGGGGGGGGGGGGGGGGGGGGGGGGGGGGGGGGGGGGGGGGGGGGGGGGGGGGGGGGGGGGGGGGGGGGGGGGGGGGGGGGGGGGGGGGGGGGGGGGGGGGGGGGGGGGGGGGGGGGGGGGGGGGGGGGGGGGGGGGGGGGGGGGGGGGGGGGGGGGGGGGGGGGGGGGGGGGGGGGGGGGGGGGGGGGGGGGGGGGGGGGGGGGGGGGGGGGGGGGGGGGGGGGGGGGGGGGGGGGGGGGGGGGGGGGGGGGGGGGGGGGGUGGGGGGGGGGGGGGGGGGGGGGGGGGGGGGGGGGGGGGGGGGGGGGGGGGGGGGGGGUGGGGGGGGGGGGGGGGGGGGGUGGGGGGGGGGGGGGGGGGGGGGGGGGGGGGGGGGGGGGGGGGGGGGGGGGGGGGGGGGGGGGGGGGGGGGGGGGGGGGGGGGGGGGGGGGGGGGGGGGGGGGGGGGGGGGGGAGGGGGGGGGGGGGGGGGGGGGGGGGGGGGGGGGGGGGGGGGGUGGGGGGGGGGGGGGGGGGGGGGGGGGGGGGGGGGGGGGGGGGGGGGGGGGGGGGGGGGGGGGGGGGGGGGGGGGGGGGGGGGGGGGGGGGGGGGGGGGGGGGGGGGGGGGGGGGGGGGGGGGGGGGGGGGGGGGGGGGGGGGGGGGGGGGGGGGGGGGGGGGGGGGGGGGGUGGGGGGGGGGGGGGGGGGGGGGGGGGGGGGGGGGGGGGGGGGGGGGGGGGGGGGGGGGGGGGGGGGGGGGGGGCGGGGGGGGGGGGGGGGGGGGGGGGGGGGGGGGGGGGGGGGGGGGGGGGGGGCGGGGGGGGGGGGGGGGGGGGGGGGGGGGGGGGGGGGGGGGGGGGGGGGGGGUGGGGGGGGGGGGGGGGGGGGGGGGGGGGGGGGGGGGUGGGGGGGGGGGGGGGGGGGGGGGGGGGGGGGGGGGGGGGGGGGGGGGGGGGGGGGGGGGGGGGGGGGGGGGGGGGGGGGGGGGUGGGGGGGGGGGGGGGGGGGGGGGGGGGGGGGGGGGGGGGGGGGGGGGGGGGGGGGGGGGGGGGGGGGGGGUGGGGGGGGGGGGGGGGGGGGGGGGGGGGGGGGGGGGGGGGGGGGGGGGGGGGGGGGGGGGGGGGGGGGGGGGGGGGGGGGGGGGGGGGGGGGGGGGGGGGGGGGGGGGGGGGGGUGGGGGGGGGGGGGGGGGGGGGUGGGGGGGGGGGGGGGGGGGGGGGGGGGGGGGGUGGGGGGGGGGGGGGGGGGGGGGGGGGGGGGGGGGGGGGGGGGGGGGGGGGGGGGGGGGGGGGGGGGGGGGGGGGGGGGGGGGGGGGGGGGGGGGGGGGGGGGGGGGGGGGGGGGGGGGGGGGGGGGGGGGGGGGGGGGGGGGGGGGGGGGGGGGGGGGGGGGGGGGGGUGGGGGGGGGGGGGGGGGGGGGGGGGGGGGGGGGGGGCGGGGGGGGGGGGGGGGGGGGGGGGGGGGGGGGGGGGGGGGGGGGGGGGGGGGAGGGGGGGGGGGGGGGGGGGGGGGGGGGGGGGGGUGGGGGGGGGGGGGGGGGGGGGGGGGGGGGGUGGGGGGGGGGGGGGGGGGGGGGGUGGGGGGGGGGGGGGGGGGGGGGGGGGGGGGGGGGGGGGGGGGUGGGGGGGGGGGUGGGGGGGGGGGGGGGGGGGGGGGGGGGGGGGGGGGGGGGGGGGGGGGGGGGGGGGGGGGGGGGGGGGGGGGGGGGGGGGGGGGGGGGGGGGGGGGGGGGGGGGGGGGGGGGGGGGGGGGGGGGGGGGGGGGGGGGGGGGGGGGGGGGGGGGGGGGGGGGGGGGGGGGGGGGGGGGGGGGGGGGGGGGGGGGGGGGGGGGGGGGGGGGGGGGGGGGGGGGGGGGGGGGGGGGGGGGGGGGGGGGGGGGGGGGGGGGGGGGGGGGGGGGGGGGGGGGGGGCGGGGGGUAUUUUGUUUUUUUCUUAUUUUUCUCUUUUGUGUGUUUUAUUUUUGCUUCGUUUGUUUCUCAUUACCUUUUUUUUUUUUUUUCCCGAUUUCUUUCUUGUUUUCUUUGUUGUUGUUGACGAGAGAAGCACACAGACUGUGAGUUGUUACAAAGACUGGAGGAAGCCGGAUUGA